AUGCCAGGGACGUGUAAUCGACCACUGAUGUCAUUGACGAGAAAUUUGUUGAAGAAACCAAAAUGUAACAACCGCGGCAAGGCAACUAUGGUUUCAGCUGAUUAUCUUGAAGGCAGUACUGCUACAGAUACCUCCAGAAUUGCUUCCGAUGUCCGUCCAUUCGAAGAACUUCCCGGGCCGAAAUGUUAUCCAAUUAUUGGAACCCUGCCUUACUACCUACCUGGAGGCCGAUUCUAUAAGAUGGAACACAACGAAGUAUCGGCCAUGUUGAGGAGAGAGUUCGGGAAUCUUUACAAAGAAACUAUUCCUGGUGGAAAUGUAUUGGUGCACACAUUUGAUGCUGCAGACAUGGAAACAGUCUAUCGUAAUGAUGGCAAGUUUCCUAUUCGGGAAGCAUUUUUCACAUUAAGUCAUUACAACAAGAAAUUCGUAUCCAAUUGCCAAGGUCUACUCACAUCACAAAUGGAACAGUGGUACCAAUUACGAGUAAAUAUCCAGAAGAAAAUGCUUCUGCCAAAGACAGUCGCAGCCUAUAUACCGGAACAUUGUUUGGUGGCAGAUGAUUUUAUCGGUCGACUUGCCUCAUCUAAGGAAGAGGAUGGCACCAUAGACGACAUCAGAGAUGUUUUAACAAAAUACGCCGCAGAAUGUAUCGGGGUUGUCUGUUUCAACAAGAGGUUUGGCGCUUUCCAGGAUGCCGAGAGUGAAAUGGAGGCUACUCGAUUCAUUGAAUCAGUCAAGGACGUUAUGAAGGUGUCUCAUUUAGAAUUUCGACAAAUUCCACUGUUCAAGAUCUUCAACACACCUACAUUCAAUAAACUCAUCAAAUCACAGAAUUUCAUUAAACAAAUAGCCAUUAAAUAUUCCAAUCUAGCCCUGGAAGCAGCACAAAAGAAACAAAAUGACGGUGAAAAUGUGGAUGGAGAACAUGGAGAUUUAGUACCUUAUCUCAUGUCAAAAACAUCUUUAACAGAUGAGCAGGUGCUCGUUGUUAUCAGCGAAUUCAUUUUUGCUGGAGUUGAUACAACGAGCCAUCAUAUAUCCUUUAUACUAUAUUUGCUGGGACGACACCCUCACGUCCAGAAUAAGUUAUACAGUGAGAUCCAAGCUAUUCUGCCAACCACAGACAUCUCAAUCAACGAAAGAAACAUUCGGAACAUGUCAUACCUGAAAGCAGUAAUUAAGGAAACUCACAGAAUGCUCCCUGUUGCGACAGGAAACAUCCGGCGAACUAAUGUGGAUUUAGUUUUGUCGGGAUACCACAUUCCAGCAGGGACAUCUGUUGCUAUGCACUCGGAUUUUUCCUGCCAGGAUGCCAAGGAGUUCCCCGAACCUGACUCCUUUGUACCCGAAAGAUGGCUUCGUGAAAGCAAUACUCCUAAAACAAACCAUCCGUUUGCCAUGGUUCCGUUCGGAUUUGGUCCUCGUGCCUGUAUCGGCAUGCGUUUCGCUGAACAGGAAGCACAGAUUGCUGUCAUAAAGAUCUUACAGCGUUAUCAUGUGGAAUAUGUAGGUGAGACACUCCGACGUGAAGCCAGCAUCACCUAUAGACCAGCAAAUAAGCUUGCAUUCCGUUUUACAGAACGCUAG